AUGUCCCAAUCACAACCCCCCUGGGCUACCAAGAAAAAACGAAUGAAAGAGAAAGUUCGCAAUAUAAGAGGCAAAGAAGGUGGUAGGAAUUUCCAUAAGUUUUACCACGCAUAUGACAACUAUAUGACUUAUGCAUUUCCGCAUGAUGAACUUAAACCUCUCUCUAAAACCUUCACUAACUCCCUAAGUGAGUUAGGAAAUUUGAAGCUUGAACAUUUGCCUCAAGACUAUAAUGGUUCUGCCCUUACACUUAUUGAAUCGCUGUCUAGCCUUGUUAUUAUGGGCAAUAACACUGAAUUUGAGAGGGCAGUACUUUGGCUUUCAGAAAAUCUGACAUUUGAUGUUGAUGCUCGCAUAAAUCUUUUUGAGUGCAACAUAAGAGUUCUUGGAGGACUUGUCUCUGCUCAUUUACUUGCAUCUGAUUCUUCAAAGAAGUUGUUUCGAGGGGCUUACAAAAAUCAGCUGCUAGUACUGGCUGAAGAUUUAGGGAAACGCUUUCUUCCAGCAUUUAAUACGGCUACUGGAUUGCCAUAUGCAUGGAUUAACCUGAAGCUUGUUUUCUCCUGUCCACCACAGCUGCUGUCUCUAGAUAUUGCUCUCCCAUUGUCAUGUGAACAAGCUGAGCUCUUCAUUGGAUUCAUCCACUUUGAGGGGCGGGGUCAACCCCAUCUUGUCAUUAAAUUCCUCUCUCCACAUAUCGACUUGUCUUCUGUAUUCAGUUCUACCACAAUCCAUUGUGUUUUGGUUCCACCACUCCAAGAGGCUGUUUGA